AAUUUAAAUUGUUUUUUUACAUUUUUAUAUUAUAUGUAGAAAAUUUCGGAUGCAGUGCUUCCGAAAUGCUGGUUGGUAUGACAUAUUUGUCCAGGCUUGCCUGGGUACAGCGAGGGUUGCCCUCCUUUCUCUGACCAUGACCCACCCCGAUAGCCCCCAGCUAAAUAGUAGCUCUCAGCCCCGUUUCAAUGCUCCCCCGCGUUCGUAACUAUCCCGACAUGCGCAACGCGUUCUCGCGUAUAUUGUGUGCGUAUGUGCACGUGUAAGAUGCCUCGUAUUCAUUCGCCAAUUUCGCACAGUAUGUAACAGGUGAAUGAGGUCAAAUAGUUUAGUUAUUCCUACUCACCGAUUGCUAGGAAAUUCUUUUUUAUUAGAUACUGUGCUCUCAGUUUUAAAUAUCAUCUUAUGUGUGAUUACAAUUGUUGAAACUAAGAAGUGUAACAAACUGUAUUAUCCAAAGUAUAAAAAAAUUUCUAAUAAUAAUACAAAUACGUUUUAAAGUUUGUGAAAUCUAAAUAGUUUAAAAUUUAAAGAAAUCAUUAAAAUAUAGAUUUUUUAAAAAUGUUACUUGGAAAUUUACUAAUUAAAGUUAACGAUGAAAAUUUCUAACUUAUAAUCUAACUUAUAAUCAACGCACUAAAAUGUUUAAACAUGAUCUAGGUCAGUUCCUUCGAAUCUUGCAGCUAGUUAUGUUAAUUCUAUAUUGCAUUAAUAUAACUUCACCUUUUUGUUUAAGUUGAACUAUAAUAUGAACUAAAUAUAGUUAAAGAGAAACUGGUAAAUCGCUCUACUUUAACUAAAUCAUACUAUUGGUGAAACUCAGAAUCGAUUAUAAGCACAGGAGCUAGCGUGCAGGUUUAUUCAGCCACAAAGCACACUGCGGUACAAGGCGCGCGUUGACAGUGAAAGUUCCAAAAACGAAUCCACUUAGCUUCGGCAAGUCGUUGCUAUUGGUGCCGCUAGCUCUCUCUUGUGUCUGCCGUUCCACUCUCAACUCUCAAGCGACUCCACCACGAUCCGCCUGGCCUCAGUCGAAGGUGAACCGUCGGAGUCGUAACUUCAACGCUCGUUGCGUCCCUCAUUGCGGCUUUCAAUUCUGUCAUUGAAAGUUAAUGAAUUUCGGAUAAUAGAUGUGCGUAUAACAAUAUGUUAUGUGCGAAUAAUCGUAUGAAAGUGUUUGUGUCGAUGUGAUCAUUUUGUGAGCGAUUAUGCAUUAUUAAUAUUGUAUGAAAAAAAUUGUGAUUUUGUGGUUUUCAUCGAUUUUUAAAGGACAUGAAGAAAAAAUCUUACAUUGACAGUUUUUAUAGACGAUAUUUUUAUCCAUGAUUGUUUUGUAAAUCUUACAUAGAGAUUAUUAAAGACAAUUCUUCAUUAAUCUCAAAAACAUUGAAAAUACGGACAAUACUAGUAAUAGAAAUUAAGAAGAGAAGAGUUAAAAGGUGGUGGUGAAUGGUGAGAUGCUGCAAACAAUGCCACGGAUACCUGUCGCAGCAGUACGGAGAAGGUGGAGCAACAAGUAUAUUGAAAAUCUUCAAGAAUCUAGUCCAGAAGUGUCGAGUAGUGAUACAUUUUCGUCAAGUUUUCAAGCAGAUUCGAGUGCAUCAGUGCGUGAAGAAGAUCUUCAACUUUGGGAUUUGGAUCUUCAUCGAGGACUCAAGACAGAAUCUGAAACUGAUCACUACCGCACCAUCACCACCAGCGCUGCAGAAUUAAUUAAUAACGAUCAACCAUCUUCACCUUUCUCUGCCUCUAUCCAAGGUAAAUUCAAUCAAUGACGAAACUGUUGUAAAAUUCCUACAAUAGCGAGUAUAAUUACUAUAAAAAAUUAUGAAAACUUGGUACAAUUUUCAAAUUUUGAAACUUUUAAAAAUUUACGUUCCUCAUUUU